AUGGCUUAAAUCUAGAUUUAAUAGGAUUAGAAAUAAUCCAUACAUAAUACUCUUAGACAACCUUAUUAGAAAAUAGGUAAUGAAAUCAGAGAAAAAGUGAUUUACGAUAUAGUUUUCCAAGAAAAUUCGAUUAAACAAGUAUUCUCUAAGUUUUAUCUUAUAGACAGCGUUAAAAUAUGGUUUGAAAUAUUCUACAGCUAAUGGUAUUGUAUAGACUUUUCAAUAACAAGGAAGAUGCAUGAAAAAGGAUAAAAGAAAUAAGAAAUAAUAUUUUAAGAGAAUCAAAAUUCUUGCCAUUAUUGAUAUCCAAACAGGUGAUGUGAAUCUCUAUUAAUAAUAAACAACAUCCAAUGUAUUGAUUCUAGAAUCAUCAACUAAAUCUCCCAAUAUUAUUAACUUCAAAUAGCAAGAUUAAUUUCAUCAUCCAUAAGAGUGCACUAAAUAAUUCAUUCAUCAAGACAUUGAAUCGAUAUCAAACAAUUUAAUCUUCUGGAUGAAAAAGAAAAUGAAAUUUGGAAAUUGCAAAAAUGAUGUUUCAUCUAAUAAUUUCAAAACUCAUAAAAAUAUAAAUAAAAGCAAAGCCAUACUCACAUAAUAAGAUGGUAAACCAUAAAUUUAAAUAAAAAAUGAAUUAAGGAACACAGAAAUUUAGAAUAAACUUAUAUCUGAAAAUAUAAAUCAUUAAAAAUAAGAAAGCUCUAAAUAAAAAGAAGAGAACAUAAAUAUACAGCAAUCUGAUUAAUUUAAGGAGUAAAUCUUAGAAAAUUAUGGUAAUGAAUAGGCUAUUAUUAAUUUGGAAAAAAAAAAUUAAAUAUAAUAAUAGUUAGAUAAUAUCCUUAAAUUAUGGAAAUAGUAAAUAUUUUUCAUGUCAUAAAAAUGA